GAUCACCGUCGGCCACAGCGGCACACACGGUGUCGGUCCGCGAACGGUGCCACAUCGCGCUCGUGAUCUCGUGCCCGUGACUCGUGCCCGUGUGUGUCGGUGUGUGCUGUGGAUCUCGCGCAGGUGUGCGUCAGCAAUUCCGGCAUUCAACAGAGCCUCCAUCAAUCGAGAACCACCGAGAGCCAGCCAGCCAUCAAGCAAUCGCAGAGGUCCAAGCCCAUCACAGGUCCGACGCAGCAGCAGCUGCGCUGAGUGGUUCUUAUUUUUGUGUCCGUGCGUGUCGUCGGCCCCAAAGAGUGGCCCCUUUGCUUGACGCACCAUGUCACGCUACUCAAGCCCACGGGACGAUCCUCGUUCGAUUUUCUUUGGCGGCGGUGGCAGUGCUGCCAGCUCGCCACUAAUCAGAAGCUACGCCGGCUCCGAUCUGCUGCAGUCGGCCACCUACACCAAGCAGCCGCCGGCGCCGCAGCAGGCCCCGGAGCCAGCCCUAGCGGCCAGUUCCCCAGCGGGUUCGCCCUCGUCUUCCUCGUCGUCCACGGCGUCCUCGUCCGGGGCCGGGACCGGCACGCCUGCCUCCAGCUCGUCGCCCGUCGUGCGCAUCAUCCCGAUCCAGUACCCAGCGCAGCCGGCCCGGCUCAUCGGCAGUAGCGGCGGCUACGGCGGCCGCCUGCCACCGAAGGCGGCGGCCACCCCGGACGACGACGAUGGCGGCCCCGAGCUGCUAGGUGGAGCAGGCAGGCAGGCAGGCGGCCCAGCGACGAAGCGACAGCAGCCGCCGCAACCGCCGCAGCCGCCGCAACCAGCGCAGCCGCCGAAUGGUGGCGGCUCCGGUGGUAUCCUGAGGCAUCCGGCAUCGCCGACGCACCACUUCUCUCCCGCCCCCGCCACUGGCACCCCGUCGCGGGUGUCUUUCUCCGCGCGCCCAGUCAGCACCACGGGCCCGAAACCGAAGCCGGGCUCCGCUGCCGCCAGCGCCAACACCACGAUGGCGGCUGCCGUUCCGCCGAACGAGCCGCCGGGCGGCGGCGGCCCCAACGGGGUCCACAAGGGGUCCGCCGAACCGAGCGGGCUCCUGGUGGCCCCGGUGGUCCAGCCCAGCCAGUCACCACAGCUCCAGCAGCCGCCGCCUCCGCCACCGCUGCAGCCGCCGCCAUCGAGCGGAGCCGCCGCCAGCUGCCGCAUGCAGCUCGCCCUGUACGGCUGGCGCAAGAAGUGUCUGUACGCGCUCAUCCUCAUCCUCACGAUCAUGAUCAUCGUCAACAUGGCGCUCACCCUCUGGAUCAUGAAGGUGAUGGAGUUCUCCUCCGUAAGUACCGCCAUUUUGUUCCGUAAGUCGACCUGUCGAGCUUCCGGGUGCCCAAUGAAGAAGUAA